CCCCCGGCCCAUGAUUUCUAAGGCAUUGGUCGCGCGGCUGGGGGAUCCCUCCGGGCUCAAGUUGCAAGGGGGCGGGCCCUGGCCGGAGGUGGAGUCUCCCGCCAAUUGAAGCCUCCGCUAUAAAUCGAGCUUCCCGCACAGCCGAAGCCCAGAUGCCUCGCCAGGCCGCCCCGCGGUUGGUGGUUGGAGACGGCGACGGGUCCCAGGGGGCUUCGGGGGCUGCAGCCAGCAUGCUCCGCUCCCUGCUGCUUCACUCCCUGAGGCUCUGCGCCCAGACAGCCUCGUGCCUCGUGCUCUUCCCGCGCUUCCUCGGCACGGCCUUCAUGCUCUGGCUCCUCGACUUCCUGUGCAUCCGCAAGCAUUUCCUGGGCCGCCGCCGCCGGGGUCAGCCCGAACCUGAAGUGGAGCUCAACAGUGACGGCGAGGAGGUGCCCCCUGACGACCCGCCUAUCUGCGUGUCCGACGACAACCGCCUGUGCACCCUAGCGUCGCUGAAGGCGGUGUGGCACGGCCAGAAAUUGGAUUUCUUCAAGCAGGCUCACGAGGGCGGGCCAGCGCCCAACUCCGAGGUGGUCCUGCCGGACGGCUUUCAGAGCCAACACAUCCUCGAUUACGCGCGAGGAAACCGCCCACUGGUGCUCAAUUUCGGCAGCUGCACCUGACCACCAUUCAUGGCGCGCAUGAGCGCCUUCCAGCGCCUGGUCACCAAGUACCAGCGCGACGUGGACUUUCUCAUCAUCUACAUCGAGGAGGCGCACCCCUCCGACGGCUGGGUCACCACGGAUUCCCCCUAUAGCAUCCCGCAGCACCAGAGCCUGGAAGACCGGGUCAGUGCGGCGCGGGUGCUGCAGCAAGGUGCGCCCAGCUGCGCUCUCGUCCUGGACACCAUGGCCAACUCCAGCAGCUCGGCCUAUGGCGCCUACUUCGAGCGCCUUUAUGUCAUCCAAAGUGGCAUCAUUAUGUACCAGGGUGGCCGUGGCCCGGACGGGUACCAGGUCUCCGAGCUGCGCACCUGGUUGGAGCGCUACGACGAACAGCUGCACAGCACUCAGCCUCGUCGAGUGUAGACAACCAACGGACAAUUGACUGAACUUGGCAGGCCCUGCCUUCGAGCCUUCUAAGCCCACGUGCAAACGCCCCAAACGAAGUCAGAUUUGGCAAGGACCCAGUGACACAGCUGUGCUGAGCCACAGAUCGCAGGCUGGGUCUGCCGCCCUCAGCCAAACCACCUGAAGACUUUCCCCCACCCCCACUCUGCUUCUGUGACUGUACUUCGCCUAUACCUGCCUGGCUGCCUCUAAAUCCCCUUAGGAGUGCGGGUGCGGCGCCACCCUUUCCCUGUGUGCCCCUGUUCUUGUCCUGCAGAGGUCCCUGCUGUGCUCUCUCGCAUCUCCUCCCCAGAUAAAAGCCAGCGUGCCUUUUGGCAGGCUCAGCGACCCCCACGCAAACACUCUGGCUGCACUCUCGCGCCCUGAUUGCAGCUGGGUUCCAGCAGCCAUGCAGCUGGUGCAGCUCGCCCUAGUUGCAUUGCACCCACACCUGUCGCGCGGGGAGGGGAUGCCCUGUUGCUUUUGUGUCUAUGUCUUAUCUCUAAGUUUGGGGAGGGGGGUGGGAUGGGGAAAGGUGGGCAGCGUAUUUUCCCCCCUUAUUUUGGGUGCUCAUGAGCUCCUGCUGAUGACGAACUGUCUCUAACUGGUCUCGACCACGAGCUGCUUCUGAAAUGCAGGGGGUCGCAGCAGCGCCUAAACCCAGUGUGGGGGGGAAAGUGCUCUGGAUUUCCAUGAGGAAACCACCAUAAACAGGGUGGGAGAGGGAGAUUGGGAACUGCUUCAGGACCAGAGAAGGACGGCUAGAGAGCCAUUGGCGAGGUUCGCAGCGCCCCAGGAACAAGGAAGAGGCUGAGCCUCUGGUAAACGGGGUUUGGAUGGCAGAGUCCACAGGGACGGGAAUGGCGGGAGAGCCUGGGGACCCCGAGUGAGGGGCCUCCUAGGCAGAGCUGCUGAUUGUUGGGCCGAGAGGUGGGGGCCUCUGACUUGAAGGCCAUUUGGUGAGUGUUUUGCUGGAAAUAGUCCCUGUAUAUAAACUUCUUUUACAAUAAUAAAGGCCUGAAGUA